AUGUAUUUGUCCCAGAUCCAGAGUUUCAGGCUGGCAGCUGUACUUGAGGAGUGCUCAGACCAGCUGGACAUACUGGAACACGCUCUGACCAUCAAGAUCCACAAGGAAUGCUGUACUGAAGAGUCACAGGCCAGAGUGAAAAAGGUGAAACGAGAUUGUCACUAUAUCUCACAGCAGGUGUCCAAGUUACAGGCUGAGCUAGAGGAGAAACAGAGCUUCACCUGCCUGCUGCAGGUCGUGGACGGACAGGACCAGGAGAAGAAUGCUGAGAGCAACAAAAGAGAGGCAAAGAGGGAGAUGGAGAGGAGAAGACGUACACUUCCAAAACAACAAGCGACGCUCCAACAGAAAGUCGAUCAACUGAAGGAACUGCAAACAUUGUACGAGGAUCUAAACGAUAGGCUGCACCGACUUAUUGAUUCAAAUGCUGCAAGAAAGGAUCUCGAGGACAGAAGCACUGAGCAGCAGCUCCAGAAAACCCAAAAUGAGAUGAGGGAAGCUGAGAAGCGACUUGAAGACAAAGUUGUUCUGCUGAAGGACCAUUUGAACCUGCAGGAGCGAGUUCAUGAAGAAUCAAAGAUUUUCCUGAAAAAACAAAAUGCGGAGUUACAAGAGCAGCUGCGACAGUGGCAGCAGUGCACUGAACAGAACAUGCAAGAGAAGGAGCAGCAUCUCACCCGCACGCGCUACAAGAGAACCACAAACUUGGAAAAGUUGACCACAAUGCAAAAAAGGUUCAGCGAGAUGGAGCAGGUGGUGAAGGAGGAAAGGGAAGAGGAGGAGAGACUGCGUCAGCUGGAGGUUAGGAAUAAAGCUGCUCUCAAGGUGCAGUCUUGGUGGCGAGGCUGCAUGGUCCGCAAAGGCUUCGGCAUUUAUCGGAAAGUAGAAGACAAGAAAAGCAAGAAAAAGAAGGAAGGAAAGAAGAAGAAAUGAGUUGUGUUCACUUAUAUUGGUCCAUUUUCAAAUUAAA